AUGUCGCGCUCAGGAGUCGACAAGGACUCAGGCAAAGACCCUCAAGUGGAGAUGCUCGAUGACGCCGUCAAGCCAUAUUCUGCCGACGAUGUAGUUAUUCAGGAUCGCGAGCUAAAGGAACGGCGUCUACAGCUUCCCUUACAACAUACUGACAUUUCGUGGGCACAUGUCCUCAACUACCUGGACCGUAACAACAUUGCGACCGCAAGACUUGGCGACUUCGAGAAGGAUAUUGGCUUGGUUGGCACACAAUACAACACCAUCAUCAGUGUCUUUUUUGUCGGAUAUAUCUUGACUCAGGUGCCGACAAACAUGAUCUUGAACAAGAUGCGACCGAGCAUAUUCCUGCCUGUUGUCAUGUGCUGUUGGGCUGUGGUCAGUGCCUCGACAGGCGCGGUGCAGAACUACACUGGUGCUGUUGUGCUUCGGUUUCUCCUGGGUUUCGUCGAGGCGCCAUUCUUCCCUGGUGCUCUCUACCUGUUCAGCUCUUGGUACACAAAGAAAGAGCUUGCGGUACGCAUCUCAGUCCUUUAUGCAGCUGGUCAGAUGGCGGGGGCUUUUGGUGGAUUGCUGGGAAGCGCAAUAAUGGGUGGAAUGAAUGGAAAAUUAGGGUUGGCAGACUGGAGAUGGCUCUUCAUCAUCGAAGGCACGAUCCCUAUUCCUGUCGCCGUCCUCACCUACUUCACUCUACCCGAUUAUCCGGCUACGACGAAAUGGCUUACAGACGAGGAAAGAAAGCUUGCCACUCUACGCAUCACAGAGGAGGCCGUUGAAGAAGACGACCGAGGCGAGGCGACUGCCUGGCAGGGUUUGAAGAUGUCCUUCACUGACCCAGCGCUGUACAUGAUUUGGCUGAUGCAACUGGGAUUAAACACGGCAGCUUCCUUCACCAACUUCUUUCCGACCAUUGUUGCAACUCUCGGUUACAAUCAGCGAAACACCUUGCUCCUAUCGGCCCCUCCUUACGUCUUCGCUGCCAUUCUUGGAAUUACCAACUCAUGGCAUUCAGAUAAGCAUCGCGAGCGAUGGCUCCAUAUUGUCUGGCCCCAGGUCUUUUGCAGUGUUGGCUUCAUCAUCUCGGCCACUACUCUCAACGUCGCCGCUCGAUACACCGCGACAUUCAUGAUGAUGAGCGUCUACGGCUCUUUCGGUUGCAUUCUCUCAUGGGUGUCAACAACCCUGCCCCGUCCGUCUACCAAACGGGCUGUGUCCUACGCUGUCGUCAACGCCGGAAGUAACUUGGCUAGUAUAUAUGCCAGUUACUUCUACCCUAAGUCGCAUGGACCUCAAUACUGGCAGGCCAAUAUCCUAAAUGUCGCCUUUGCUGCAAUGUGCAUUCUAUUAGCUACGAUUCUGCAUUUCUACCUCCGAUGGAGGAACAGAAAGCUUCGUCGAGCUGGUGACGAAGACUUACAGGCCGAUGGUGUUCGUGAAGGGUCUCGUUCAAGAGCUCUUGGGGAGCGCUGGCAAUGUCAUCCCGCUUACCAGUACACUCUUUGA